AUGUCGCAUUCCUUCAGCAUCGAGGACUUGCCCGGCAAGGGCCGUGGGCUCGUCGCAGCGCGGCCGCUACACGCCGGCGAGGUGAUCGUCGCGGAGGAACCGGCUUUGACAGUGGUGUGCGAGGCGUACAAAGAGGUUUGCUGCUGCUCGUGUCUCCGGCAAUGCACCGAGGGACAGUCGGUUUGCCAGGCGUGUGGGCAGGCCAGCUUCUGCGGCCAGAACUGCUGGAACACCGCAACCACGACACCGGGCGUCCACGACCCGAUGGUCUGCACUGGGCUCCGUGGUCUGGCGGGCGCCCAGAUCCCCGCGGAGGACAUCGACAGCGUUCGCUUUGUCAUUCAUGCUCUGGCGCUGCGACACGCGUCGGCGACGUCCGCGCCGGCGCUGGAACGGUACUCAAAAAUCAUGGCGCUCUGCGGCAUGCCCAGCGACACGCGUGCGGAGUACAUUCACAAGGUCGCCUGCCACGCUCUCGGCGUUCCAGGCAGCGCCAUCAGCGACAUGGAGAUCGCGGCCCUUCUUCAGAAGGACGUGCUCAACUCGUACGGCGUGAUGGCAGGGCCCAGCUCCCGAGCCGCAGAGGAGCAUUUCGAGAGGGACGUGCGGGCAGGAUGUAUUUAUCCGAUCGCGUCGCUGGUGAACCACGACUGCAUGCCCAACGCCGCUCGCGUGGACAACUUCGACAACGGCGACACCCGAAUCGCGCUCGUCGCGCUGCACGAUAUUCAGCAGGGGCAGGAGAUAUGCCAGAGCUAUGUACCCCUCAACUGGGCGUGGGACGAACGGAAAGCGAAGCUGUCCGACUACGGCUUCGAGUGCCGAUGCGAGAGGUGCAGGACCGAGUUCGAGUGGCCCUCCGACGGGGAGGGCGACGGCGUCGAGGCAGGUCCUCGGACGGAGAUGGACAUGUACCUGAGUCUGUUCUUCAUCAAGUACAUCUGCCCGAACGAGAAAUGCGGAGGGACUCUGGUCCCGCUCGUGGGCCAGGGUAGAUCCAAAUGCAAUGUAUGCGGGAAGGAGCGUUCAGAGGAAGAGUUUCAGCAGGAAAUUGGUGCACGAUGA